GUGUGUUAUCCCAUCCAUUCCAUCAACACAGCCCUUACACAGGCACAGCGGAGGAGGAGGACAGUUGCUGUGUGACAGUAGAAAAAGCAUGGAUGAUGCUAUCCUGAAGGGAUCACCGAGAUGCUGUCACUUGACUGGUUUGAAAUGCGUUUGAUCUUUUUACAAAGAAAACAGUAUAUGUUCUAACCAAUCAAUUCACGUAAGUAGAGACUGUUGAUGUUUCUGUUUUGCAAAAAAAAUUCAACUUCAAGUAGUCUUUCAAAAAGAACAGCAGUUUGGUAAAAUCUAAAGAUAAAAGGAACAUUAUUUCGGAGAUGUCGCCUAGUGUAAACUAAUCAUAAUUUAUCCAUGAGGACCAGAAGAUGCUCGAAUUUCUCUACCUCCCGGGUGCAUUUUCCGUGGUCGUGGACCCUUUUCAAGUUCCAUCAGCGGGGGUCGCUUCCCUUUCCGCCUCUCUUAUGUAAUUUAUCAAUGAAUAAAACGAAUGUUUCAAGCCAAGGUUUAUUUUUUUAUCGGAAGGCAUCCACCACCAGCGUGAUACAGCCGGGGCUGCACGGACAAUGUGCAGCAGAUAUUCUAUCAUAAACAAGACGUGUGUUUACGAUGAUGGGACCGCGGACACCGACAGAACCAGACGCGACCAUGAGCCCGCUGCGUCGAUCCUCAAGUUCCCAUGGUGACAGGUCUGACUCCACGGAGACCCUCCAGAAGAACAACAGCAGCAACAGUGGAGUUAUUCUGGACAUCUCAGCCCUCAAGUUGGAGGUGGACUCUGAGGUCCCUCCUCUACCGCCCCGCUACCGCUUCAGGGACCUGCUGCUGGGGGACCAGUCCUUUCAGAACGACGACAGGGUUCAGGUGGAGUUCUAUGUGAAUGAAAACACCUUCAAGGAGAGGCUCAAGCUGUUCUUCAUCAAAAACCAAAGGUCAAGCCUGAGGAUCCGUCUGUUUAACUUCUCCUUGAAGCUGUUGACGUGUGCCCUAUACGUCCUCAGAGUGUCUCUGGAUGACCCCGAACAGGUCACUGGUGUAUGUGUGAACUGUCAGAACCGAACAAGCACCACAGCAGAAUCUACAGAAAGCACAGAAAUCAACUGGGAUCUGAUUUUCUGGGUGAACAGAAGGGUUCCUGUAUGGGCGAUACAGGUGAUCGUGGCCUUAAUCAGUUUCCUGGAAGCGAUGCUCCUUACAUAUCUCAGCUACAAAGGGAAUAUCUGGGAGCAGAUGUUCCAGAUCUCCUUCAUCCUGGAGAUGAUCAAUACCGUGCCGUUUAUAAUCACUAUCUUCUGGCCUCCAUUGAGAAACAUCUUCAUCCCGGUGUUUCUCAACUGCUGGUUAGCCAAGUGUGCCCUGGAGAAUAUGAUUAAUGAUCUCCAUCGUGCCAUUCAGAGGACCCACUCGGCCAUGUUCAACCAGGUUCUCAUCCUCAUCUGCACCCUACUCUGUCUGGUCUUCACUGGGGCAUGUGGUAUCCAGCAUCUUGAGAGAGCAUCCAAUCAGAACCUGACUCUGUUCAACUCUCUGUAUUUCUGCAUCGUCACCUUCUCUACGGUGGGCUACGGUGAUGUCACACCUCAUAUCUGGCCCUCUCAGCUGCUGGUGGUCAUUCUCAUCUGUGUGGCUCUCGUGGUCCUCCCGCUACAGUUUGAGGAGCUGGCCUAUCUGUGGAUGGAGCGACAGAAGUCAGGAGGGAACUACAGCAGACACCGAGCCCAGACAGAGAAACACGCCGUCCUGUGUGUCAGCUCUCUGAAGAUAGACUUGCUCAUGGACUUCCUCAAUGAGUUCUACGCUCAUCCUAGAUUACAGGACUACUAUGUGGUGAUCCUGUGCCCUACGGAGAUGGACAUCCAGGUGCGUCGUGUCCUCCAGAUCCCCCUGUGGUCCCAGAGGGUAAUCUAUCUCCAGGGCUCAGCGCUCAAAGACACAGACCUCAUGAGGGCCAAGAUGGAUGAUGCAGAAGCCUGUUUUAUCCUGAGCAGUAGGAAUGAGGUGGACCGCACUGCGGCUGACCACCAGACCAUCCUCAGAGCCUGGGCUGUGAAGGACUUUGCCCCAAACUGCCCCCUGUAUGUCCAGAUCCUCAAACCAGAGAACAAAUUCCAUGUGAAGUUUGCUGAUCACGUAGUCUGUGAGGAGGAAUUCAAGUACGCCAUGCUGGCCCUGAACUGUGUGUGUCCAGCCACAUCCACCCUGGUCACACUCCUGGUGCACACUUCCAGAGGACAGGAAGGCCAGCUGUCUCCAGAACAGUGGCAGAGGACGUACGGACGGUGCUCGGGGAACGAGGUCUACCACAUCCGCCUCUGUGACAGCAAGUUCUUUGGGGAGUAUGAUGGAAAGAGUUUCACCUAUGCCUCCUUCCACGCACACAAGAAGUAUGGUGUGUGUCUGAUCGGGGUGAAGAGGGAGGACAACAAGAGCAUCCUGCUGAACCCUGGUCCUCGCCACAUCAUGGCCGCCCCAGACACCUGCUACUACAUCAACAUCACCAAGGAGGAGAACAGCGCCUUCAUCUUUAAACAGGAGGAGAAGGACAACAAGGGCCUGCCAGUGGCCGGGCUGUACGAUGCCCCCUCCAGGCUGCCUGUACACAGCAUCAUCGCCAGCAUGGGGACGGUAGCCAUCGACCUCCAGAACCCGGCGGACCCCCCAGAGGACAGCAGCAAGCUAACACUGCCCACAGAGAACGGGUCCGGAAGCAGACGGCCCAGCAUCGCCCCUGUCUUGGAGAUCGCUGACUCCUCCUCCAUCCUUCCCUGCGACCUGCUCAGUGACCAAUCAGAGGACGAGACCAACCAAUCAGACGAGGAGAGCUCGUCGGUGUCAGAUUUUGUGAAAGGAUAUCCUCCCAACUCGCCCUACAUUGGCAGCUCUCCAACCCUGUGCCAUCUCUUACCCCAGAAAGCCUCGUUCUGCUGCCUUCGUCUGGACAAGGGUUGCAGGCACAACAGUUUUGAGGAUGCCAAGGCCUAUGGUUUUAAGAACAAGCUGAUCAUAGUAUCUGCAGAGAUGGCAGGGAACGGCCUCUAUAACUUCAUCGUCCCUCUGCGGGCCUACUACCGCCCCAGGAAAGAGCUCAACCCUAUCGUCCUGCUAUUAGACUACCCGCCUGACAACCACUUCCUAGAAGCCAUCUGCUGUUUCCCAAUGGUCUACUUCAUGGCUGGAACUAUAGAUAACCUGGACAAUCUUCUGCAGUGUGGCAUCAUCUAUGCUGAUAACCUGGUGGUGGUGGACAAGGAGAGCACCAUGAGUGCUGAGGAAGACUAUAUGGCAGAUGCCAAAACCAUAGUCAACGUACAGACCAUGUUCAGGCUGUUCCCCAGUCUUAGUAUCAUCACUGAGCUGACCCACCCCUCCAACAUGAGAUUUAUGCAGUUCAGAGCUAAGGACUGCUACUCUCUGGCUCUCUCCAAACUAGAGAAGAUAGAGCGUGAUAAGGGUUCCAACCUGGCCUUCAUGUUCCGUCUGCCGUUCGCUGCAGGCAGAGUGUUCAGUAUCAGUAUGCUGGAUACGCUGCUCUACCAGUCAUUUGUGAAGGACUAUAUGAUUCCCAUAGCAAGACUUCUACUAGGCCUGGACACCACGCCAGGGUCGGGUUACCUGUGUGCAAUGAAGGUGACAGAGGAGGACCUGUGGAUCAGGACAUAUGGCAGGUUGUUCCAGAAGCUGUGUUCCUCCAGUGCUGAGAUUCCUAUAGGCAUCUACCGUACAGAGUCUCACAUGUUCUCCUCCUCUGAGUUAAAGGAUGGGUACCCACAGUCUCAAGUCUCCAUCAAUGUAGAGGACACCGGCGGUGACGAUCAGAGGGACAACAGACGCGAGUCAUGGAAGGAGAAGACCAGAACACACCGGAUGUCCACCACCAGCGAAUCAGAACACCCGUUACUGAGGAAGAAGAGCCUCCAGUGGGCGCGGCGUCUGAGCCGUAAGAACACAAAACCUCCGAGCCGCUCUGAGCGGUUCUCACAACAGCGCCUCAACCUGUACCGGCGCUCAGAGAGACAGGAGCUGUCUGAGCUGGUUAAGAACCGCAUGAAGCACCUGGGACUGCCCACUGUCGGAUACGAGGAUGUUGCUAAUCUUACCGCGAGCGAUGUCAUGAACCGAGUAAAUCUAGGAUAUUUACAAGGGGCAAACACAGAUGAGAUGAACGACCACCAGAACACUCUGUCCUACGUUCUCAUCAACCCCCCUCCAGACACCAUGCUGGAGCUCAAUGACAUUGUGUACAUUAUCCGGUCUGACCCUCUGGCGGGCCCUAAUGUGCCGGAGGAUCCAGCACAAGGGCAGAGCAGCGGUGGCGGCCGGAUGAGGCAAGACUUUGGCACUGAGACCAGGGACGAGACCCACCUGUGAAACCCCCUCACCUCACCCUGAUUGCCAACCCCCGGCACAAUACACACACACACACACACACACACACACACACACACACACACACACACACACACACACACACACACACACACACACACACACACACACACACACACACACACACACACACACACACACACACACACACACACACACACACACACACACAGAGCUGCUAUGGAAGGAUGCAUGAAGAGUGCCUCAUCAUUAACUAACUACUUCACCCCUUGGAGAGCAUCAGACAGACGCGGCCCUCUUGGAGAGCAUCAGACAGACGUGGCCCUCGUGGAGAGCAUCAGACAGACGCGGCCCUCUUGGGGAGCAUCAGACAGACGCGGCCCUCUUGGAGAGCAUCAGAAAGCCGCGGCCCUCUUGGAGAGCAUCAGACAGACGCGGCCCUCUUGGGGAGCAUCAGACAGACGCGGCCCUCUUGGGGAGCAUCAGACAGACGCGGCCCUCUUGGAGAGCAUCAGAAAGCCGCGGCCCUCUUGGAGAGCAUCAGACAGACGCGGCCCUCUUGGGGAGCAUCAGACAGACGCGACAGAUAAAACAGAAACAAUGCACCAGUCACUGGAGGGAGAGAGACGGACUGGAAGCACGCCCCCUUCCGGACAAGUAAGCAACCAGAAGAGAGGAUGAUGUCAGAGGUCCUGUGACGCUCUUAAUAUUUAGAGGUUAGUUUGAUUUAGCUCGUUCACACGCUUGGUGGGUGGAGCUCGCACUUUAGGACCAAUGGAAGGGUGUCACAAGAGCAAACUCUGCCUGUAUGGUAUGCUGGUGAGCUAGACCAAGCACACCUGGUGUGUGUGUGGGGACUGUGUAGUUAUCAGUUACGAUAGCAAGUCAUGUACGGAGUUUGGUACAGAAAUGGUUAUUCCUUAUCACAAUGUUAUGGCAGUAUUCUUACACAUCAAUCAUGAAAGUACAUAAGCACUUUUUAAAUUACAUAGAUUUUCGUUUUUGAUUUUCCUAUUUUCAAUGUAGAAAACAUUGUAUCUUAUAUAGGGACCCUUUUACUGCUCAUUCUGGAUGUUUCCCCAUUUUGUUUAAUAACAUGACAUUUCUUAUUAAAAGUCUAGAAUAGUAAAGGAAUUGAAGAAGCUAUAUAAAUUCUUCCAUGCCCCUACAGUAUGUCGCUCUAUUUGUGCCAUAUGGUAUCUGGAUAUUUAUUUUAUAUCUGUCAGUGUUCUACUUAAGCUAAUGUACAAUCAUUCCCUAUUUCUGACAGGAUUUUAUUAAUUAUUGUACAUUACAGUACAAUGAUCCUGAUUUUCAAAGCGGUUUACCGUGGAAAACCUAUGUUGUUUUGCACAAUAAGAGACAGGCGCAGUUAAAGUGAUAGUUCACUACAAAAUUAAAGUUUGUUAUAUGUUUUCAGAUGUCAAAAGUAAUCUAAUGUAAAGAUGAGUUUGAGUUAACUAUCACUUGAAGUCUGUUAGUAUGGCCAGUACAUGGGCUUGGAGUACAGUGUUGCAAGCUGGAUUCCAAUAUGUCCUUUCACUUAUACAGGAAUCACUUGUACAGUAAAUGUAGUAUUGUGUGUGCUUUAAAUAUUGAAUCAUUAUUUAAGGGUUAGGGUAUUUAUGUUUUAUUUUAAUUUUUUCGAUACUGUUGGACUGAUAUGUGUGGUUUUAUCAUUGUAAAUAGUCUAACACUUUUAAUCCUCAUUGUUUGGUUACAAAAAAAAAUAUGGGUCAUUAUUACAGAAGUGAUAACAAGACGGACUUGAAAUACUUUUGCACUAAGCUCUGUGGUCGUUAAGAGCGUUAUAGCAUGACCCUUUAACCCGAAACUUAAUCUAUACAAUAAAACAGACUACCGUAUUCACAGCACAGUAUGAGUCAGUGUCCAUACAUUCA